AUCACAGCGCGGCGUCAACAGCCAUUUUCUUGCAGAUGUUAAAGACGAGCGCAGCGUAUUUAGCUAGCGUUGGGUUAUAUCUUGUAAUAAAUAGGGCUUUAUUGUAAAAUUACAAACGGUUAUAUUGCAGGUUUUGUUUUGGUGUGGUUGUCAUUGCUUCCGCUAACGUUAGUCGCGGUAGCCUGGCGCGUGUCGAGGACGAAGGUUGGCAAAAUGUCAAGACCACGGCCCGGAUCGCCAAGUUACAGAAGGUUCCCAUGGGAGGAACCAGACUUUGAUCCUCAUAAAGUCCUUGCAGAACUGGAUGGGAAUCCGUCGGACAGGAGCCACCGCCCUAGAGGAGAUCCUGAAGAACACUGGGACUACUCCAGGGAAGACAUGUACCCUGAAGGCCAGAGAAGAUCCCCUCCUUUCCCAGAUGACCAUGAGUUUGUGCAUCAUCGCCACCCAAACCAAGAGGAAUUUUAUCGCAGAAGGCCACCAUCGCCCCAUCUUGAUGUGAUGGGCUUUGAUGAUGACCGCAGGCUUUCCCCGCUGCGUGAUGGAGAAGUUGGGGGAGAUAGACGCAGAGAAGGGUUUAAAGAACUCUUCCAGCGUUUUGAAAACAGAGCGAGGUUGCCCCAGUCGCCUCUGAGGAUAUCUAGGGAAAGAUUGCCGCCGACACCGAAGUCUCACUCAGACCACCAGCAGAGAGAGGCGGGGAUAGGCUGGAAGAGAGAGGAGCAGGGCAGGGGUCGAGGGAGGUUCAGAGACCAAAGUCCCAAUGCGAGGUUGGAUGACCAAAGAGGGGGCACAGGUAGGGAAAGAGGAAGGAGGAGCACACAGGGUCCUAUUAGAGACAGACGAAGAGAGGAUUCACAUCACGAGAGGACCCCCCCCUUUAAAAGGCAAAGAAGACAAAUGGAUGACGCCAUUCACCUUGGGUACAGGAAUGAGGAGGACUUUGGGCAACCGCGUUACUCAGUGGACACACCCAGAGAUAGGUUUGGAGGAGACACUCAGGGGAGCUUCCCCCGUGGAGACGUUCGCCGCUCGGGACCACUCGUCAUUGAACACGAUCAUGGCAUCACAGGCAGCAGAGAGCCGUCACGUUGGGAACAAUUUGGCGAUCGCGAAGACCUUGCGCCUGACUUUAUUCGACAGAGGAGUCCUCGUCCAAUGGGCUCCUCUCCGGAGCGUUUCAGGGCGUUGGACAGCAGGUUGGAGGAUCGGGAAGACGCAAGAGGACGCCAUUUUCAAGAUAAAUGGGGAGACUCCAACUAUCAUGAAACUAGGAGGAACUCUGCGCCUCAAGAUAGACCAAACCCUGUGAGAUAUGGUAACCGGGAUGGUCCUGUGAACCACAGGGGGAGGGGUGGUGUUCGCCCAGGGAGAGGGCAGUUCAAUCGCAGCCAGGGUGGAAGGACUGGACCGCCCAGAAAUCAACCACGCUUACAGCAGUCCUCCCAAGGAUACCAAGAUCUUCCUGAAGAAGAGCAAAGACCAGGGUACCGAGCCUUCAGGGAAGAUUCUUACGAGGAUCCAAUCGAAGGGGAGCCUGACUGGGCAGAAGAAGACAGACUUCAACAGUGGGAACCUCAAAGGCCUGGAAGUUUGGACCGGCACCUACACAGGGAUGACUUAGACCCUAAAAUGCCCCGUCAGAGGGAGCGAGCAUGGAACGAUCAGAAGACCAACAACAUGAUGGUUGUAACGGAGGAAACGCUAACCAUCAAAGUCGACAUGAGCCGACCCGUAAACAAAAACAGCUCGCUGUGCUACUCCUCGGACAGGCAGCUCUCUUUAGACCUGGUCAACGUGGGUCGCCAGCGUCUGGACUUCCUGCCUAUGCUGGAGCACUCCGGGACGUACCAGGAGAAUGCCAUGCACACUGGGACUUUUGCCCAGGAAAUCAUCACACUGGUGCACCAAGUCAAAGAGCAGUAUUUCAGAAAUGAUGGGGUCACCCUGAAUGAGCGAUUCUCAGCGCCCCAACAAGGCGGCUACUCUGAAGCAGACACGGAGGAGCUGACGUUGGAUGAGAGGUUCAGUUCAAACCGAGGCUUCAGCUUAAACAUGAACUCGCUGCUUGACGACGACGAGCCUCUGUUCUCCAGACUAGGACCCUUGCAGCCGGUUCGAGACCCGGGGGACCUGAGGCACGACCUGGAGAGGAGGAGACAGGAGAGGCUGGAGGGGGUGAAAGUCACAAUAUCGGGGAACAAUAUGUCACCGCGCCCCCUGGGUCCAAUCAGCGCGCCGGGGUUAGCGUACAGGGAAAAGGAUGAAAUGUCUCAGAUGGAGGACGAAGGAUUCUCCAACUGGCCAGAGGAGCAAAGCAGGAGACGAGAGGGCAACAUGGGACCAAGGAGAGGAGCUCCGUACAGGCUGAAUGCUGCCUCCCAACGCAGGAACACACGCCCCGUCAACCAGCUCGGACCAAUGAGGCGACCAAACAACCGCAACACCGCUGCAGUGUCUACAGGGACUCCGACUGAACCGGAGGAACCUGAGGGGACCUCUGUUCCUACACCGGUCCCAAACUCCCAGAUAUUGGUGGAACCAAAAGCGACCCCUGUCCCUGUGCCGACCCCUGACCCUCAGACACCAGAGGAAUCAGCCUUCAGGAUCUACCAGUAUGGUCGAGUGGGGGAAAAACGCAAGAAAACUAAGGUUCACCCGCAUGCAACUGGUGACCCGGAUAUGUGGAAGUAUUUCACACACGUGAAACUGGGACGGUUCCGACACAAAUGGACGGUAGAACCUUCCAUGGAGAAUCUGGAUUACUUCGUCAAGAAUUCCACUCAUCUGAAGACGAUGAAUUCUGAUUUCUCGAAUGAGGACGGGGAAUGCAUUCCUGUUGAUAAACAUUGGCACGUGUUCAACGCAACCAGCAACACGUUCCUGAUUCUGACGAACCGUAGUCAGGACCCCUUGGCAAUAAUUCUGGACUAUAAUAACAUUUGAGCGCUGCUAGUUUUGUGUUUUAAAGGGAGGAUGUUGAACGAAUGUUCGAUUGAAAACCCCAAAACAAAGAAAUAGCAGAAUCCAUAUCAUUCCUUGCUUUACAGCAUAUAUAACGUUGUUGGCAUUAACAGAAUACCUAUAUAAUUGCUUAGUGUGGGUGUGUGUUUUGAAAACCCCCAAAAAAACAUAUGUCUUGCUUACAUAUUAAUCUGUUUUUGCUUACAUACUGAUCUCUUUCUGCACUAUAUGACAAAGAAAGCUUUCAUUGAGAAUUGUAAGGAGUGGAGAACAGCCAGACAGAGAUAAGAGAGUACAGGCAGAGAACAGAGACCUUGGUAGGGGCACACAUCCCUGUGUGUGUGUGUACAUCCUGAAACACAUGUGCUGCUAUACACAUCACACAUGCUGUAUGGCUCAUUAAGUUUCCUUUUACUGUAAGUUGUCUGUGAGCAUUUCUUACAUUACCUUACAAGGACAAAAAAGUACAUAAAGCACAUCCCCCUUGGUAACUUUGGGAGGAGUAAAUGUUUUUUCGUAUAUAAAUAUUAGUGUUUUUGCCAAGAAGCGCUCUUCUCUUCUUCUUCCUGGCGCCUUCUGCUGCAUUGGGAAAGAUUUAUUUUUGCCUCUCACAGCCAGAGGGGUGGUCCCCUGCACUCACUGGGUGCAGUGGAGGGAGGAAAGAAAAAAGAGAAGCGGCUUUAAAUUCCUCUGUUAAGCAGAGGCCCUAUUUCUAUUUUGUAAAGGACCACUUGCUUUUAAUUUCUGCUUUUGUCACAAGAUAAUAAAACCACCUGAGCUCGGCUUGAGCUAGGGGACCAAA